UGACUGAAAGGCUUGUCAUUGUUUGUUUGAUUGGAGAUGCCGUAUCACGAUCUCUCUUUGACAAGGGUGAGCUUUUUGUCCCCCUGCUCUCUUCUAAACAUAGUAAACAACAGUAUCGUCACAUACUCGCACUCUACUUGGGAGAUCUGCUGUAGGUAAAACGACCUACCCCACUAUACAUGAUUCAACUCUUUAAACAAUCCUUGUCGAUGUCAAACAUGACACAGUAAGAGAGAACAGACAGGGCACUAUGUAAGACUCUAAUAUUUUGGAGCGCUUCCAACAGCCGAGAAACGCUCCAACUGUAGGGGUGAUCUGAUACAAAUUGAUCCACCUCCAUCUCAAUGUAAACGUCACCAUAAAAUUGGCGCCCGGAAAUUCCACCCAGAUUCCAACCAAGGCGGCAGCACACGACCAGGCUCCAAGGCUAGGGAAACAUCAGGUACCGACCAACAAGAAGAUGAUGAUAUUCUGAGCUAAAUAAACGAGAGGGGAAAAAGGGUUUCGGGAUUGUCUACUGUAAAAAGUCUUGCACUAACUCAGCCCCUCGUAUUUGCGCAGUAACCGACCGGUCAUCCCACCGCAUCAAGACAUAACCAGGUAGAAAGGUCCACUACAUCAUCAAGGUUCCAGUUGUUACGGUGCAGCAAAUGGAAUGGAUACUCACAAAGAACUACCGAGUUUGAAAGAAGAGAGAACAAGACCCCUUUUAUCAUUGAUGCUAAAAGCGGAUCAUAGUUUUGGCCAGGAGAGGCAGGACGAUCACGAUACCUUACAAAGCAAGCAACUCCUUGUUCCAGAGCACUCUCUUUCUGUUUCAGUGGUGGCGCAGUGAGUCUUGAGAGCGGCCCAGCAAAGCAGAACAAGGCAAGGUACCUUAUCUUACUAAUGAACUGAGGUGACCUGCAGGGUUCGUAAGGUCAGGCAUGUUUAGAAUGUGUCAAAGAACCGUUCGUGGCCAGGCGUGCGAGCUUAAACCAAGCCGCCGUCGUAAUCCAAGCAAAGCCUAGAUGUGCUGGACUACGCUACGGAUACUAAAAUUCACCUUAUUAGCUUAAAACAACCGCCUCAAAAAGGUACAGGUACGGGUACGGUACGGUACGGUCGGUAUAACUAACUCUGCCCUCCACGCUGUAACACGCGACCAGAUACCAACCCUGGGCAAUUUGCAUUUGAGGUUUCAUUGUUUCUGACACUCCUUCACUGUGCAAGCAGCAGGCGCAGGUUCCCAUAUAUUCCAUUGCCUAUCCCUGAAUAUCCUUGGAGGGGGUUGCGUGUCACUCUGUUUCACCUCCAAUCACUAAUACUCUCGCUCACUCACCCUAAAACUGUCUGUACAUACUGUGCUGGACCUGGGGCUUGGCUUUUCAGCUCCUGCUGCAACAUUCUUCUUAGUCUCUUCGUUUAUAUCUGACGAAAGCCUUAUAUCCGCUUGGCUUUUGCCCAGACCUGACCUUAUUCCUCCUCCCCUCCACCUCAAAUCCAACCCUUCCAUAUCAUCCUCUUCCGCAUCUCGUUGAACCUGAUGAUGUGAAGUAGGCCCAAUAUGCCUUCUUUAGUCUCUUAUCUUUUUGCUGUCUUUUUCGUAUCAUUACUAUUUACGAAGCUGCUACAUCUAUUCAUCCACAUCCAUUCCAUCGCCGUCAUCGACUUUGUCGUCUAUCUACCGACCUUCUUUCUGCAAGAUUUCUUCCUAGUUCUCUUCGCCCGGUUAUUGUUGCGUCGGGAGCGAACGAUUCUCUCAUUGAUUGGUUAUGUUCUUGGAUGCUUUUUAACUUUGAUAACGUUCGUUGCUGCGGCAUCCGAGCUUGGCUUUCAUUAUAGAACAGGCGGCGAAGUCGAAUGGAGCGACGCUGGCGAUUUUGCUAAUGACGAGGGACUCAAUGUUUUGAUCAGCGAGAGCAGCAGUGUCAUUGUUUCUGGUUUAAUCAUCCUCAUCGUUGCAUGGUUGCCUCAGAACUACCUAUACAGGGUCUUUGGCGACAUCGUAUCUGGAAUUGGCAAGCGAAUCGCUUCAGUCUCUCGGUAUUUGCGAGGCAAGAUUCGCCCACAGCCGCAACAUCAGCAGGACCCCGAGAACGCCGAGCCUUUCCUCCAGCGUGUCAACAGCGAAAGUACCGUCACAAACAGUGGCCAUCCAUCACCUAAUUUGAGCCGCGAUGGAGAUGAGAAGGAAUUGGAAGAGCGUACACAGAAGCGACGCUGCUGUGCAUUCAUUCCCUCUUGGGUCAUCAAUGCAGUCGUCUUGCUAUUCAUCGGCAUCACAUGGGUUGCCCGCCCUGACCAACCUUAUAAUCACAUCGCAAGCAGUUUGCCUCUACGAUUGUCCGACUCUGUGCGACCGAAGCUUGGACUCUGUGCUUCUCAAAACGAAUUUCCCUUACGACAGCUCAUCGAGAAGUCAAGAUGGCAGGAUCCCAAGGGCAACUUCAAGGGGUGGGCUCCCAGCAGAGAGAACAACGACUUGGUAAAGAAGUACAGAGAGAACCCUCCUGCUUGGCUUCCUAACCCCAUCCCCAGCGGUUUUCUCAAGUGGAAUCCUGAUCGAUAUAAGGACGAGCAUGAUAAGAAGGAUGGUCCCAGCAAUUUGUGCCCCAAUACUUGGCAAGAUCGGGGCUUCUACAACCCAGUCAACGACCCCAUGCGAAUUACUAACCUCGAUCAAGAGAUUCUGGCUCCUAUCCAAGAGGCACUCUCGAAUAACUCCGUCAAGAUUAGACAUAUUGCUCUUAUUCUCAUGGAGAGUAUGCGCGAAGAACUCUUCCCUCUCCAGCAGGGUAGCGAUAUCCACCGAUUCAUCAUGGAGUCGAACGACGAGAAUGCCAGAGAUGAAGUCAACGGCCGGGUAUCACGCAUGACUCAGAACUUCGAGAAGAUCACCGGAAAGCCAGGCAACUAUCAAAGCGCAAACGGAAGUGCUUACGAUCCUCCCGCGAAGCCCGUAUGGAACGACCAGACGAAGCCCGGCUUUGGUGGUGUCAAUGUCGUUGGAGGUCUUACCAGCAGCAGUGUCUCAACCAAGAGUCUUGCUGCCGCGCAUUGUGGCGCUUGGCCCAUGGCCGUCAACAUGUUUGAAGAAUCUGAACUCGAGAGCUAUCAGCCCUGCAUUCCGCAGAUUCUCGAACUGUUCAACAAGGUCAAGGGCAACACGACAAAGCGAGAUGACAAGCCAGAAGACAAGCCACAGAAGAAGCGAGAUUGGUGGGGUUUUGGCGGUACUGCGCAAGCCAAGUUCCAUGAGUACCAGUGGAAGCCCGCUUUCUUCCAAGCCGUUACAGACCACUAUGAUAGGCAGGACAAGUUUGACGAGAAGAUUGGUUUCGAUUUUAAGGUCACCAAGCCCAGAUUAGACGAGGAGGCCAAGGACAAUCCCGAGAUGGAGGAGAUCAACUAUUUUGGAUACCCCGAAACCGAUUUGAGGGAGCACAUCAAAAUGUUUAUUUCCGACGGCCUCGCCGAAGAUAAGCGACUCUUCAUGUCGCACUUUACCAGCACUACUCAUCACCCUUGGGGAGUACCUAAGUGGUUCGAGAAAGAGAAGUACAUGGGUAAAGAGGGCGGUAAUCAUCAAGAUCUUGACAAGUAUCUCAACACCAUCCGUUUCACCGACGCAUGGCUUGGUGAGCUUAUGCAGAUGUUUGAGGAUACCGGAAUCGCCGAUGAAACCCUCGUUGUCUUCGUUGGUGACCACGGCCAAGCAUUCAAGGAAGAUUUCUCAAAGACAGGUACCUACGAAAACCGUCAUAUCAGCAACUUUCGUGUUCCGAUUUCUUUCCGACAUCCCAGCAUUCCUCGCGUGCAAUACGAGGCCAACGUGACAUCGAUCUCUAUCCUUCCCACCAUUCUCGACCUCCUCGUCAACUCAGGAUCUCUCAACAAAAAAGAUUCUGAAAUUGCACUCGACCUCGCCCACGACUACGAAGGUCAAUCCCUAAUUCGCCCAUAUCAAAAGACACAAGACGGCCGUCGCGCUUGGAACUUUGGACUUAUCAACCCAGGCGGUGGUAUGCUCACAGUAACCUCAGCCGACGCACCCUGGCGCCUCGCAGUUCCUCUAAAGAAAGACCUCGAAUACACAUUUACAGAUCUCGGCAAAGACCCGCUAGAGCUAGACGCUUUGGACAAAUGGUCGAUCAAGUCAAUGAUCAAGGCAGUGAAGCGCCAGUACGGCAACGACGCUGCGACCUGGGUGAAGGAAGCCGACGAAGUUGCCCACUGGUGGGUUCUAGAGCGAAGACGCCUCUGGGGAUAUAAUCCCGACGAGGAUAAAUGAUCCUAUUUUAUUAUUACUAGUUUAUUUUAUGACAUGAUGCAUUGGGUAUCUGGGUUUGCGGGUUUGCAAUUACUUUUGGGAACUGGUUUUUUGGCAUACCCAUUGGCACUUGUGUACGGCAUACAUACAUUUGGGGAGAGGCUCCCUCGGAAAUGGUUGUUUUUAGGGUUGAUUUUUUUUUGUCUACAAAAUGGCAUAGACUUUGAAUUUUACGCAUUGUAUACUUGAUCAAGAUCGUUUCGUUCAUGGCUUAUGUUUCAGUGAUUGUGUUUUAAGUUGAGCGGCGCAUUUGGUUGUGUGGUCAGACUUCUAUAUGAUCGUGGCUAUCAAAACGAAACGUUUAUGCAAUGUAUAAUCCGAGCAAAUCGGAAAUUAUGUGGCUUUUAUUUCCAGAGUACGUUCACAGUGCAUUGAGCGCUUGGUCAUUGCCGGGUGAUGAUAGUCUUUACAAGAAGGUUGAUGCUUAUUGGGAGCUAUUGUCCGAAGCUAGCGAAGAAGAGAUCGACGAGUUUCAAAGAUAUUGGUAGUUAAAAGCAUAAAGCAUGAGAUGGAACUACAACUGAAGCCAUAUAACUCGGUUACCUUGGUAUCGGCUGCAUCAGCUUGAGAUGAAAACUGGUGAUGCAAGUCCAAGCAGCGGAUAAGAGCUAGCUAUAUAGCCUCAUCCUACAGAAACUAUGAGACUCAAUGUUGUAUUUGCAAAAUGUUAAAUUAUGAUCAGGCAGCUUAUGACAGAAUAUUAGAUAAUUACAUAUCGCAUUACAUGGUCAGACCUGUACUGCCAGAGCCGCACAAUGAGAACUGUC